AGCGGCGGCGCGGCGCGGCGCGGCGCGGGGAGCGAGAGGCUCGGGCUGGUCCCGGCGCGGCCGGGUUGGCGGGGAUGAGCGAGGUGAAGCUGGCGGUGCUGGGCAGCGAGGGAGCCGGCAAGUCGGCUCUGACUGUGAGGUUCCUCACCCGGCGCUUCAUUGGGGAAUACGCUUCCAAUUCUGAAUGCAUCUAUACUAAACACCUCUGUCUGGAUGGGAGACAAACACAUCUGGAAAUUUAUGACCCUUGUUCACAGCCCCGAAAAGGAAAGUUGUCCCUCACUAAUGAACUGCACUGGGCUGAUGGAUUUGUCAUAGUUUAUGACAUCAGUGACAGAACUUCAUUUGCAUUUGCAAAGGCAUUGCUGUACAGGAUACGAGAGUCUCAUCUAGGAGCCUUUAAAAAAGUGGUAGAGUCACCCGUGUUCCUCGUUGGUAAUAAACAGGAUCUAUGUCAUAUGAGAGAGGUUGGCUGGAAUGAAGGACAAAAGCUGGCAAUGGAAAACAAAUGCCAGUUCUGUGAACUGUCUGCAGCAGAGCAUUAUCAGGAGGUGAUGACAAUGUUCACAAAAGCCCUGAGAAACAUUACCACAAACUUCAAAGUCAAAGAGAAGAGACGCUCAAGUGGGUCAAAGUCAAUGGCCAAACUGAUCAACAGUGUGUUUGGGAAAAGGAGGAAGUCUGUGUAACUGAUAGCCAUAUGAAACAGUCUUAUGAGAACGAGGCUACAAGAACACACUGAAGCACUGCAACAGUAGACCAGACACAGUGCUUUGAUUCAUCCAAUGUGUUUAAAAGGUCUCCAUAUGAAGGGAUGAUAUGCGAUGGUACAAUCCAAAGAUAAGAAGCAAUGUAACCCAGUGAACAGGGUACUGUUGUUGGACUCAAGGCCUGGGUUUUAUUUCCAGCUUUCCCACUGAUGUGCUGUGGCAUUAGUACAGCAACUUCACCUCUGAGCUACUGCUUCCAAUACUUUGUCUCAUCUGUAUAAAUUAUGGGCUCUUAGCAGGAGGGGUUUCUCUUACUUUAUGUAGUGCUUAACAACACCAGUGCCUUAAUUUCAGCUGGAGCUUUUGGGUUGUUACCUGUCAGCUCUGUGUUCCUGAGGGAGCCCUGGCACCUAGCUUGCUGGACUUGCAAAGGACUUUUUCUGUUCUGUGUCCCCCCCAAUUUAUCAAACUAGAACUAAGCAGAAGAAAAGUUUAACAGGCAUCUAGGGCCAUACAUUUCCCCAGUCUGAGUAUGGGAAGCAUAUUUAAACUUGAUUGACUAAAACUCGGUCGCCAGGUUAGGGAAUGCUGAGGCAAGAGACCGAGUCAGAGGAGGUAUGGGCGACAUUUGAACAAUGGUUUAGGGUUCAUCACAGAGUCCAGCCUGUUGGAGCCCUGACCACAAAUGCUGUCAUACUUUCUAUGGGAUGUCUGGUGGAAGUCCUCCCCACAAAGUUUAUGAAUACUACAAGUAAUCCCCUUAAGUGUGUUAGCAUGACUUUCAGAUCUUACUGUAGUCUUUUAAGUGGAGGCUUAUUCACAACAGGUAAAAUACAAAACACUGAUGCUGACUUCACAAUGCAAGCAUAGCUAAGCCAUCUGAGAAGAAACAAUAUGGUAUCCCUUCCAAUAUAUCUUCUAUAUUCAUAAUAAUUUCAAGCUGGCUCCCAGGUGUCUGGUUACUCCUUAAAACUUAAUGUUUUUCCUGGUUGUCAAUCAGUUUCUUGAGAUGUUCCAAACCAGAUACCUUUUUCAGUGACAAGGGGUUAAUUCAUUUAAAUUGAAACUGUUUAUAUAACAGGAUUUCCCUGUGAAUUAUGGCUUGGGACAUACACAAUUAAAAGAAUGCUUUGAAGAGGCUGGACUAAGGGUAUAAGAAAGCUGUAAAAGCAGCAAACAGUGUGCUUCAAGAGGGAGAAGUCUUUCUGACACCAUCCGCUGUUCUCGAGAAGCUGGAAUAAACAGACCAUCUCUUUCCAUCGCCUGUUUAACCUUUAACAAGCGUGCUAGGAACUUUGACCAUCAACAAAACACCCGAGUGCUUUGAAAUGGUGAGAUCCCAGAUCUCUCUCUCUCUUUCUUUUUCUCUCUAGGCAUAGCUUUCUGAACCUGAAUUUUAGUAGUUCCCCUAAUACUCAAGUGAACCAGGGUAAUACUGUGAUUGUCUUUGUUUUUGCUUGCAUGGCUAUUAUCCAUAUACUCAGCAAUAAAUAACUUUUUUAGUCAAA